AUGAGGAGGGAGAACCAGAGCCGCGUGUCCCAGUUCCUCCUCCUGGGGCUCCCCAUCCUGCCGGAGCAGCAGGGCGUGUUCUUCGCCCUGUUCCUGGGCAUGUACCUGACCACGGUGCUGGGGAACCUGCUCAUCACGCUGCUCAUCAGGCUGGACUCUCGCCUCCACACCCCCAUGUACUUCUUCCUCAGCCACCUGGCCCUCACUGACGUCUCCUUUUCAUCUGUCACUGUCCCAAGGAUGUUAAUAAGCAUGCAGAGUCAAGAUCAAUCCAUCCCCCAUGCAGGGUGCAUAACACAGAUGUAUUUUUUCAUAUUUUUCACUGAUCUGGACAAUUUCCUUCUCACUUCAAUGGCAUAUGACCGGUAUGUAGCCAUCUGUCAUCCCCUCCAGUACACCACCAUCAUGAGACAGGGACUGUGUACCUUACUAGUAGUUGUGUCUUGGAUCCUCUCUUGUACCAGUGCCUUGUCUCAUACUCUCCUCCUGGCUCAACUGUCCUUUUGUGCUGACAACACUAUCCCCCAUUUCUUCUGUGACCUUGCUGCCCUACUCAAGCUCUCAUGCUCAGACACCUCCCUCAAUGAGCUGGUCAUUUUCACAGUGGGAGUAGCAGUUAUUACUCUACCAUUAAUAUGCAUCUUGAUCUCCUAUGGACGCAUUGGGGCCACCAUUCUGAAGGUUCCAUCUACCAACGGGAUCUGCAAAGCCUUAUCCACCUGUGGCUCCCACCUGUCUGUCGUAUCUCUGUACUAUGGCACAAUUAUUGGACUAUAUUUUUUUCCCUCAUCCAGCACCUCCCGUGACAAGAAUGUAAUUGCUUCUGUGAUGUACACAGUGGUCACCCCAUUGCUAAAUCCCUUUAUUUAUAGCCUGAGGAACAGAGACAUGAAGGGGGCCCUGGAAAGACUCUUCAACAGGGCAACAAUCUAA